UUUCGGGGACACAGCCAUGGCGACGGGAGGAGGAGGAGUGAGGCGGAGGAGGAAAGCGGGGCUCCCGGGAUUCUGCUGGAAAACCUGCUACUUUCCCAUUUUGUUCUGGGUCGUUUCCGUGUGUGGGGAGGAGAGGACGCUGAUUGUAGAGACGUGGCUGAAGAACUACGGCUACCUGCUGCCUCACGACGUCCGCACGUCAGACCUGCGGCAGGAGAAAGCCAUGCAGUCCGCCGUGGCCGCCAUGCAGCGCUUCUACGGCAUCCCGGUGACGGGAAUACUGGACGAGACGACUAUCGAGUGGAUGAGGAGACCUCGCUGUGGCGUCCCCGAUCAUCCUCACACCAGCCGCCGGCAGAGGAAUAAACGCUACGCUCUGACGGGCCAGAAGUGGAGGGACAAAAAGAUCUCCUACAGCAUUUCUAACUUCACCCCUAAAGUGGGAGAGAAGGACACCCAGCGAGCGAUCCGGCAGGCCUUCAACGUGUGGCAGACGGUCACUCCGCUCUCUUUCCAGGAGGUGCCAUACUCAGAGAUCAAGAACGAGGGCAAAGAGGCUGACAUCAUGAUCUUCUUCGCCUCUGGUUUCCACGGUGACAGCUCGCCGUUCGACGGAGAGGGGGGUUUCCUGGCUCACGCCUACUUCCCCGGCGCUGGCAUCGGAGGAGACACGCACUUCGACUCUGACGAGCCCUGGACGCUGGGCAACGCCAACCACGACGGUAACGAUCUGUUCCUGGUGGCGGUGCAUGAGCUGGGUCAUGCGUUGGGUUUGGAGCACUCCAACGAUCCCAGCGCCAUCAUGGCUCCUUUCUAUCAGUACAUGGACACGCACAACUUCAAGCUGCCUCUGGACGACCUGCAGGGCAUUCAGAAAAUCUACGGCAUCCCCACGGCCAUGCUGGAGCCCACCAGGCCGCUGCCCACCUUACCCUCCCGGCGGACGCACUCCACCUCCGAACGCAAGCACGACCGACACUCCCGCCCGGCGCGCCCGCCCGGCGACCGGCCCGCGCUGCCCGGAAACGGCAAACCCAACAUCUGCGACGGCAACUUCAACACCGUGGCCUUCUUCAGACGGGAGAUGUUCGUGUUCAAGGACCGCUGGUUUUGGCGUCUGAGGAACAACAAGGUGCAGGAGGGUUAUCCCAUGCAGAUCGAUCAGUUCUGGAAGGGCCUGCCACCUCGCAUCGACGCCGCCUACGAGAGAUCCGAUGGCAAAUUCGUCUUCUUCAAAGGCGAUAAGUACUGGGUGUUUAAGGAGGUCACGGCUGAGCCGGGGUACCCUCACAGCCUGGUGGAGCUGGGCAGCUGCCUCCCCAAAGACGGCAUCGACACGGCACUGCGCUGGGAGCCAGUUGGAAAAACCUACUUCUUCAAGGGGGACCAGUACUGGCGCUACAAUGAGGAGAAGCGCACGGCGGACCCGGGAUACCCCAAACCCAUCGCUGUGUGGAAGGGAAUCCCCGACGGACCGCAGGGCGCCUUCAUCAGCAGGGAGGGAUACUACACAUACUUCUACAAGGGGAAGGAGUACUGGAAGUUUGACAACCAGAAGCUGACGGUGGAACCCGGAUACCCCAAGUCCAUCUUGCGCGACUGGAUGGGCUGCGACCAGUCUGACAUGGAGCGUUCCGGAAGCAAGGGUAACCGCGGUGACCGCCAGCUGCCCCUUGACGACGUGGACAUCAUGGUGACCAUCAACGACGUCCCGACGACGGUCAACGCCAUCGCCGUGGUGAUCCCUUGCAUCCUGUCGCUGUGCAUCCUGGUGCUGGUGUAUACGAUUUUUCAGUUUAAAAACAAAGGAGUGCAGCAGAACACCAUGGCGCAGCACUACUACAAAUACCCCGUCCAGGAGUGGGUAUGA